AUUAGAUUGUCACUGCUGGAAAGUGUGUGGUUAUUUUGAAUGUGACUAAGUACAAACUAAUGCUUGCCUCUUUUUAAAUCCCUUUAGGAAAAAUAGAAAUGAAGGUACAUAUGCACACAAAAUUUUGCCUCAUUUGUUUGCUGACAUUUAUUUUUCAUCAUUGCAACCACUGCCAUGAGCCACAUGACCAUGGUCCUGAGGAGCACCACAGACACCAUCAUGGACUGACCGAAUCGGAGGCGAGCAAAUUCUCAGAGCUGGAUGCUGCCAAAAAUGAGAAAAAUUAUUACAUUGAAAAACUUUUUGACCGUUACGGUGAAAAUGGAAGAUUAUCCUUUUUUGGUCUGGAGAAACUUUUAACAAACUUGGGCCUCGGAGAAAUAAAAGUAGUUGAGAUUAAUCAUGAGGAUCUUGGCCAUGAUCAUGUUUCUCACUUAGAUAUUUUGGCAGUUCAAGAGGGAAAGCAUUUUCACUCACAUAACCACCAGCAUUCCCAUAAGCAUUUAAAUUCAGAAAACCAAACUGUGACCAGUGUAUCAACAAAAAGAUACCGUAAGUGUGACCCAGAGAAAGAGACAGUUGAAGUGUCUGUCAAAUCUGAUGAUAAACAUACGCGCGACCGUAAUCAUCGGUUAUGUCAUCACCAUUGUUUGCGUCAUCACCUCGAUCAUAACACUACCCACCAUUUUUCUAAUGAUUCCAUUACUCACAGUGAGCGUGGGGAGACUAGCCAUGAGCCUUCAACAGAGACCAAUAAAACACAGGAACAUUCUGAAAGUAAGCCACCCAAAGGAAAGAGGAAGAGAAAAGGGAAGAAUGACGAAAAUUCAGAGGUCAUUACACCAGGUUUUCCCCCUAACCGUGAUCAGGGUGAACAAUACGAGCAUAAUCGGGUCCAUAAACCUGAUCGUGUACAUAACCCAGGUCAUUCUCAUGGACAUCUUCCAGAACAUAAUGGUCAUGAUCCUGGUCAUGGGCACCAAGAUCCUGAUCCUGAUAAUGAAGGUGAACUUCGACACACUAGAAAGCGAGAAGCGCCACAUGUUAAAAAAAGUGCAAUUUAUUCAGCUGCUAGUCACAAAGAUCAUAAUGAAGAUGACCGUCAACAUGAGUGUUUGAACGUCACUCAGUUGUUAAAAUACUAUGGUCAUGGUGCCAACUCUCCAAUCUCCGCUGAUCUAUUCACAUACCUUUGCCCUGCAUUGUUAUAUCAGAUUGACAGCAGACUUUGUAUUGAACAUUUUGACAAACUUUUAGUUGAAGAUUUAAGUAAGGAUAAAAAUACAGUUCCUGAAGAUAAGGCAAAUGUAGGGGCAUCGGCAUGGAUUUGUGGUAUCAUUUCUGUCACUGUCAUUAGCCUGCUUUCCUUGCUUGGUGUGAUCUUGGUUCCCAUCAUUAACCAAGGAUGCUUCAAAUUCCUUCUCACAUUCCUUGUGGCUCUGGCUGUAGGAACAAUGAGUGGAGAUGCCCUUCUUCAUCUACUGCCCCAUUCUCAGGGUGGACAUGAUCACAGUCACCAACAUGCACACACGCAUGGGCACGGCCAUGGCCAUUCGCAUGGACACGAGCCCAAGAAGUUUCUGGAAGAAUAUGAUGCUGUACUGAAAGGACUUGUCGCUCUAGGAGGCAUUUACUUGUUAUUUAUCAUUGAACACUGCCUUAGAAUGUUUAAGCACUACAAACAGCAAAGAGGGAAACAGAAGUGGUUUAUGAAGCAGAACACAGAAGAAUCGAGUAUCGGAAGGAAGCUUUCAGACCACAAGAUAAAUAACACUCCAGACGCCGACUGGCUGCAGCUCAAGCCUCUUGCAGGAACGGAUGACUCGGUUGUUUCUGAAGAUCGCCUUAAUGAAACGGAACUGACAGAUUUAGAAGGCCAACAAGAAUCCCCUCCCAAAAAUUACCUUUGUGUAGAAGAGGAGAAAAUCAUGGACCACUCUCACAGUGAUGGGUUCCACACCAUUGAUGAGCAUGCUCUCCAUGCUGCUACACCCAACCACCACGACGAGAGUAAGACUGUGCUGAGGAAACACAGUCAUCAGUGGCACCACAAACAUUCUCAUCAUUCACACGGCCCCUGCCACUCUGGGUCGGACCUGAAGGAAACGGGAAUAGCUAACAUAGCCUGGAUGGUGAUCAUGGGGGACGGCAUCCACAACUUCAGCGACGGCUUAGCCAUUGGAGCGGCUUUCAGCGCUGGGCUGACAGGAGGCAUCAGCACGUCCAUCGCUGUCUUCUGCCAUGAGCUGCCACAUGAGUUAGGUGACUUUGCAGUCCUUCUGAAAGCAGGCAUGACUGUGAAGCAGGCGAUUGUGUACAACCUCCUCUCGGCCAUGAUGGCUUACAUCGGCAUGUUCAUCGGCACUGCGGUGGGGCAGUACGCCAACAACAUCACCCUCUGGAUCUUCGCCGUCACUGCCGGCAUGUUCCUCUACGUAGCCUUGGUGGACAUGCUUCCGGAAAUGUUGCAUGGUGACGGCGACAACGAAGAACAUGGCUUUUGCCCCGUGGGGCAGUUCGUGCUGCAGAACUUGGGGCUGCUGUUCGGAUUUGCCAUCAUGCUGGUGAUCGCCCUCUAUGAAGACAAAAUUGUGUUUGACUUCCAGUUCUGACCAUUCCGGCGACCACUGUUGAUUACAGGAAGGCUACCGUGCAGCUUGGCACCUGUCCUUGUACCGUGUGUGCGUUGCUCCAAGAGAGGUCACUGGCUUGCACCGCUUACACGUUCCGAGAUUCGAGCUGACUCGAGACUGGUGCUCUGUACUGUUCUCCCUGCGCAGAGGGGUCUUUUUAAAACAUGUAAAGCUUGUGAUAUAGAAAGGAGAAAAUGGGACUCCAUGAAACAACGUUGGUAUAGGAUUAAGACUUCCACAAAAAUAAUCAUAUAAAACACUAAAGUAGUCUCUUUAUUAGUAGAAACUUCUGUGGCUAUGCAGAAAUAGAAAUUGAACCAAAAAAAAUCACUUAAACUUUAAAAUAUUUUAAAUGGACUUUGAACAGACUUUUCUUUGUGCUAAAAAUGACUUGUAGUGUCCUUUAAUUCAGCUACAUACAUACAUGUGGUAACAGGGAUCAACUUGACUUUGAGAUUGCAUACGUAGAUUCUAGGGCCCAGAGGAGAGCUCAGGCCACAGUAGGGUGUGGAUUUAGCAUUGGGAAAAGUCCUUAUUCUUGAAUCUAGAGUUACUAUUUUUGUAUAUAUUUACAUAGUGUUUAAACUCCCAGCCUAAACUA